AGGGUGAACACUGGACAUGGCAAAUGGUUGUGGAUAAUGGAAAAGUUAUGAGAGGACCAGAACGAAUAAUAUCAACUACCAACUAACCUCAUUAAGUCCGCAUCUUCUGAUGCUCCUCAAGAGAAGGAGAAUAUGUCCAAGUUUGGUAGGAGUAAGAACCUACAGAACCCCUCUUCCAGCUCCACAAAGUCAACUGAUAUCAUUAAAGUGGAAAUCGAUAACCGCAAUAAGUGGCAGGGGGCCUACUACAUGCACAUGAAACAGAAUGGAGGAGGGAAGCUGAGCAACAAACAGUCAUCCAUUAUUACCCCACGGAUCGCUGACAUCACCAACACAGUUGUUAAAAACAAGUUGCAAGGUGAACUGCGAGGGAUGUUGUUCAACAGCAAGAAAGUAAACAGUGGACUCGGCUAUUCUAUUAUCAUCCUGGUCGCAAACAUCAUCUUCAUUCUUAUUGGCACAUUUGUUUUUGUUCACAUUGAGGGGACGGCUGAAAGGAUAGAGCACGAGGAAGACUACGAGAAAAAGCUUCAUCUCAUUGAGCACAUUAGCAAUUCAGAAAAAGUUCUUCCUUCGAAUAAAACCAAGCAUGAAUAUGUUCAUGAAUUCUAUGAAAAAUUACUGUCGUUACAAAUGGAAAUGUGCGAGAAAGGAAACUCUAGAGCGGGAGAAAAGAGCUGGGAGUAUACUGGUUCUCUUCACUAUUGUCUUACCAUUCUCUCUACUAUCGGGUACGGAGUAACCUCGCCUCAUGGCUACCUCUCUAAAGCUGUAUCAGUAGUGUAUGCUAUGUUGGGUAUUCCUAUUUACGCAGUCUACCUCAGCUACGCUUACUUGGCUAUUUCUAAUGUUUUGGAUGCGUUUUGUAACCUUGUAUUUACUUGUCUCAGAAAGAACCCAGGAGAUGUGGUUAGAUUGUUCACCAAGCUGUUCCUAGCUAACCUAAUUCUCUGGUCUUACCUCCUUAUCCUUAUAUUUCUGUGGACACCUAUACAGCAGCAGAAGUCAAUAGUAGACGAGAUCUACUGGCAGGUGAUAAGGUUCACAUCAGUUGGUUUCGGGGACGAAUUCCGGGAUGUAAGCGAGCAGCCUUCCCACAUUCCCAGUGUUGUUAACGUGCUUUGUGUCGGGUUCUUCCUCCUCCCUUUCGGUAUUUCUGUGACUUCUUUCUUCUUCCAAAUGUACCGUAAAGUGUUUGGUAAACCGAGAAAAUGGUUUGAUAUCAAGUGUAGGAAAAUUCAGAGAAAGACUAUGACUAAAGUAAAAACACUAAGGCCGAUUAAUGGAGUGAUAAAAGUAAAGGAAUCUCAAAACACACGCUCGUCAAACGUCUGCAGAGAUACUAAUCUUAUUUCUAUAACUGAAGCUAGUGCAGAUGCUGUGUCAUAAUGCUAACAAACCACCGUCAAACAUCUACAGAGAUGCUCAUCUAAUUCCUUUCGCUCAGACGAGUGAUUAGUAGGGAGCCGCCUAACCGCGCGUUACCGUAAGUUACCGCGCCGCGCAUGAGAGCUACGAGCUCGGGAACUGAUUAACAUGUCAAUUAACGUUAUUAAAUCAAUCCACUGUCAAACUCUUCUCAUACAGACACUGAGAUUAGUGCGGGUAAGGGUUGUUCAGUCCUCGGUGAUCACAAUGAAAUGUUACAAACGUUAAGUGCGGUGAUCGCCUUGCGAUUACAGUGACAACGGAUUGACAGACAAUAGUCGAAAAUACUUGCUUUGGUUAGUUGGUGAUAUAGCCGGGUUGAAGGUUAUCUUUUAUAUAGGCGUGUCAUGCCAUCGUGUGAAAUAUUUCUAUUUUUAGUCAUCAUUUUUAGAGGGAGGUUUCUGCAUACAAUAUAGUAAUAAACAAAGAAACUAGUUAUGAAAGAGUUAUGAACAAUGAUUUUGUUUUGAAUAAUGAUUUUGUUUCCCGGAUUUACUAUAAUUUCCAAGCUCCCUAGCCUCCUACAUAGAUAUUUAUUGUAAAUUAUAUUGCUCUUUACUUUGUUUAAAGUUUCGAGGUUUAUAUUAUUACUAAACGAUGAUCAUUGUGACUUUUAAAGAUUUCUAAUAUGUUAUGUAAAUGGUUCCUUCGUCACAUUACUAAUUUGUUUCUUUUCACUAGAAUUUGGAAUCGUUAAAACCUUAUCAUUUUGUCGUAUUUUGUUGGUUUAUUGUUAUGUGAAGCAUUGUUAAAUCCUGGUGAUUCUUUACAUUUUUCAUGUAAUAAACGGUAUAUACUUUAAUUCAUUUAUAAACAACAUGCCCGGCAAAAGAUCUUUUAAAUUUUUCAUUGUCGGUUCCUAAAAUGUUUGCUAAAGCCUAAAUUAUAAGACUAAUGUUAAUAAGAUGUGGAAGGAAAUAAAAGUGAAAUUUGCACCCGAGAGCCACCUUGAGACCCAAAUGUGCAGCCAUUAGGCCACCCUAAACGAAUUGCAACAGUACCGGGUAGCCUGAUGUUCUACUUUUUUACUUUCUAUUCAACUUAACGAUUAUCAAGUGUCAAUUUGAGGUAUUUGCAAAUGUUGUGAUACAUCUACUUAAAAGAGAUGUCGUCUCAGCUAGGCAUGUUGGGCUUAAGGUAAGGAUCACAUCUGGGGUAACAUAUUAUGGGCCUUAGAUAUGGUUGAACUAAGUUUGUACCUACACUCAUGCACAAGACGUGGACCAGCAGUCUUUCUUCCUGCGACUGACUUUAAUUUCUUUAACUUAGAGAUGUUCACAUUUUUCCUUCAUAAU